AUGGAAAAUGAAAACAAUGUGACAGAAUUCAUUCUUUUGGGUCUUACACAGAAUCCAGGGAUGCAGAAAAUAGUAUUUAACGUGUUUUUAGCCAUCUACAGUGUUACUAUGAUUGACAACUUGCUUAUCAUUACAACCAUAACCAGGAGCAAGACUUUGGGCUCUCCCGUGUACUUUUUUCUUACUCAUUCGUCCUUCACAGAUAUGAUUGAUUCUUCUUCCUCAGCCCCCAGGCUGAUUGCAGACUCCAUCCGGGAGAAAAACACCAUCUCCUUUGAAGGGUGCAUGACUCAGGUCUUGGAGGUGCUGAGAUCAUCCUACUCAAUUGUGAUCGAUCACUUCAUGUGUGAUCUAUACCUUUUGCUGAAACUCAACUGCAGUGACACCCAAACCCUUGGUCUCUUCAUAGCUGCCUGCAGCGGGGUGAUCUGCCUGCUCAAUUUCAUUCUGUUGAUGCUUUCCUAUGUUGUCAUCUUACGUUACCUCAAAAUUCACAACUUGGAAGGCAGAUUGCUGAGCCCAUUACACCUACCACAUCACUGUUGUUGUCUUACACUUUAUUCCCUGUAUAUUUGUGCAUAUGUAACCCUUGACCACUUUGCCUAUACAUAA